CCCUGAUGCCUCGCCACCAGCAGGUCCGUCCCUCACUUUCCCAAGGCACAUGACUUUGCGAUCAUCAUGUCUGAACCACACGCACCGCUACCAACUCAUUCACGUUCGGCGCGGCAGGCCUCUACCCGCACCACGAGGCGUGAGCAAUACCCACCUUCAACUCAUUCCAACAGGCACUAUCCGCAGCGCAAUGCUUCGAGUCGCACCAACACGAGCGCCAGGACCCUGUCAAGGGACCCUAGCUUCGACGCGGUUCCUCGACGGCCGACCAAUGGCCUGCAAAGGGUCGAGACGGUGCAGACACAAUACAUGGAGAUGCUCCUCAGCCUAGACAAGAUCCCCAGGUUCCACAAUAUUCUGGCUUCUUUCUUCGGGUGGCUGCUCCUCGCAGGCUUUGUUGUCUUCCCAGGCACAUUCACAAACAUCCAGGAACUCUCGGCAGACCCGACUCUGGCUGGACACCCAGACGCCGCUGCGAUAUUGAACGAUGUCCAGAACCUCCCGCUGGUGAUUGUUGCCGCCAUCGUCUGCGGCAUAGGAACCUUCGGUCUUAUCUGGCUUGCUGUGUGCUGGCGUACGAAUUACGUCUGGUUGCUGAACAAGAUCUUUCUUCCUGGUGCGACCAAUGCGGUAGCUGGUCUGAUCUCCACGCUCAUCGCCGUGUAUACGCAAAAGGACGGAGAAUGGAGUGUGAUGGCGAAGGCAACAGGUGCUGUCGAGGCUGGAGCCUUGAUAGUUUGUGGCUCGCUCUUCAUCCUUUGCACCUUGAUGCUGCAGUGGGUCAAAAGAAAGCACGCCAAAGAGACGAGGAUGUUCGAGAAGAGCUAUGGAGACGCAGGUAUCCUGGAGAAGACGGGCAAGAAGCUCAUGGCACCCGCCGUGGAGCCGCAGAGUGUGAUCUGAAAACAGAAGAAAUGAAGGAAGCCUGCUGGUCAGGCUUUGGGAUCUAUUUUUGUUUCCUUUGUAGUUUGAUACCCGGAGCGCCGAUACUUGUGAGAAAGCGUACAAGUUAAUGAUAUGAUGUUGUUCAAAAUUCU